CAUGCAUGCCUAGCUAGGCGAGUAGGCGCCUGUGCAGUGGCAUACGUGGGUGGUGUUGUUGUCGUUAUCUUCGUUGUUGUUGUUGUUGUUGUUGCUACUUCUGCUGUCGUUGUCGUUGUGGUUGUGACUGAGAGAACGUCCUGCUCCAGUGUGUUGUGAAAAGUUCCCGCAACAACGCUGCCCACCUUGCUGUAUCUCAUCCAUAUAUAUUUCGAGGAGCGGAACUUUAGAAGUCCCAUAAGUCGACGGUCUUUGCAUGGGCAGACAGCAGCCAACACUAACAGGACUGCCAGUCUAAAACAGAGGAAAUGCGCGUGUACGUGUAGCUGUUGUGAUUGGUGCACGGUGAUCGUGUGGACGGCGGAUGUGUGUUCGUGCCUGAGCCUGGACAUCAGCUGCCUGAGCGGUGGAAAACCAGUGACCAUGUCAGCAGUGACGGUGACAACGAUAGCAGCACCGCCGAUGCCAGCGACAUCUCCACUCUUAGCUACAGCCCCACUCUUAGGUACAUCUCCACUGUUAGCUACAUCUCCACUGUUAGCUACAUCUCCACUGUUAGCUACAUUUGUUGCAAGGGAUAGUGCACGACCACAACCACCGUCGUUGUCAUCAUCAGCGGAAGCAGUCGCUGAAGUAGCAUUGCCCCCACUAACGUACAUCGGACAAGCUCAAAGCCCAGCAUGUGAGAGCCAACAGCAGCCGUCGGAAGUGCUGUUCUCCGCUGCACCGUCGUCCACACCAACGCUAUCUGCCUUCUCCGCUUGCGGUGCCACGUCCACGUCUGGUGCAGAGUGUGUACGGCUGGUGCUGGAUGAGUCAACUCCGGAUACGUUGACCGGCCGUCAACCCUGUUCUAGUGCUGUGCAGCCCAGUGUGGAAGACAAUGAUCGUAAUAUUGCCGCGACAUUAGCAUCGCCCAAUCCCAGUUCAGCUCCCAUGGCAACUAAAGACCCGACAGGUAUGUCUGCUGAUGCGCAAGCUUGCACAGGCGCAAGCCCCGAUCAUCCUGCCCUGAUCAUCAUCGAGAGCGACGAGCAGAAUGAGCAGCAGCAGCAGAUGUGCACUGUGAUGCCGCAGGCCAGUGGCAUGCAUUUGCACCGGCUUUCUCCAGCACCACCAGCAUGUCACGCCAGCUCCGUUUUGCUGGCUGAGCACAGCUCUGUGUCAGCUUGUACCACCGUGCUGGUGCCAACAACAGCUGCUGAGGCCAAGUCGAACGAAUGGCACCUAGAGUCACCACUACCAGCAGCAGCAGGAGCAGCAGCAGCUGGUUCCCAAGCAGCGGGAUCGCUGUUAAACUGCGAGCCAUGUCAUCGUCUGUUCUUCAGCGUCGCCUCGUAUGAGAAACACAUGGAGACGCACUCCGGCGAUCGGCCGUAUAAGUGUGAUCAGUGUGAUAAGGCGUUCAACAGCCGAGCCAAUCGCUCCCGGCAUCGCCGCACUCACAGCAAUAUACGACCGCACGUCUGCCCAACGUGCGGCAAAACGUUCUCGGACCCUGCCAACAUGCGGAGACACCUGCGCAUCCACGACCCCAACUUCUCGAUCAAGUGCGAGCUGUGCGACCGCCAGUUCAACGACCGCAUCAACAUGCUGCGUCACAUGCGCACGCACAGCGGCGAGAAGCCGUUCAAGUGCGACUUCUGCGAUCGUCGGUUCAGCGACAGUCACAAUAUGGUGGCUCACCGGCGUCUUCACACCGGAGAUAAGCCGUUUGAGUGCAAAGUGUGCGGCAAGGCGUUCACCGGACGCAGCAAUCUGGCUCGUCACAAGAUAGUUCAUGCCGGUAAGGAUUCGCAGAACCACCGAGGCAGUGCCACCGCAGCAGCACCCAUGGUUGCCGCUAUUGGUAAUGCGAUCGCGAACGCACCCGCACACGUCGGACAAGAAGCAUGGGAGUGUGUUGAUUGCGGCGAAGCUUUUCUGACGCCAACACUCCUACAAAUGCACAUGGAAAUGCAACAUCCCCGGCCGGAGCUAGCUGGAGCCAUAGCGCCUACGCAGCAAGCCAGCUCGCAUCAAUGGGAUAGCUUGGAAAGGGCUGCUGGCGGUGGUGCUGUGUCGCAGAGCAGCAAGGCACUGACGUGCGCGUUCUGCCACCUGGUGUGCAGCUCUGUGCUGCAUCUAUCGGACCAUCUGCGCACGCAUGCCACCACCAGCGCCAACAGCACCAGUAUGACCACCAGUAUCACCACCAACACCAGCAGCACUGCCAGCACCAGCAGCAGUGGCGUUGUCGUUCUAGUGUCAGAGCCCGUCGCGCCGUGCCCUGCGCCCAGCGACUUCGCUCCUCUGCGCCAGCACGAACUACAGGUACGGCGACGGGAGCAGCAGCAGGCAAGACUGAGGCCACAGCCUGCCUUUCCUCUCACACAGCCACAGCAGCUGCUGCAGCGGCAGCGACCACACACCGACAUUCUCGUUUCUCAACAGCAACAGCAGCAGCAGCAUGCUUUCUCAUCGGUGCGUCCGCGACCUGACCAGGAGAACAACCAUCGGUACGUUGAUCCUGCUGGCCGCCAGAAUGCACUAGAGUUGCGUGGCAGUAGCAGCAGCAGCGGUGUGAUCAGCACACAUAGUCCGGGACUAACACACAGCCCAGGACUAGCACACAGCCCCGAAGCAGACGUCCAUGUAACACUGGGCAGUGCCUUCGUCGGCCACGACCAAUUCGCCUCGAUGCCGCAGGUGAACUUCAUCAAAGACGAAGAUGGCCAGCUGUGACUGGAAACUUGUGAAGAUGUACAGUGCACUGGCUGUAGCAGCCCAGUAUAAAAUAAAUUAAUUAAUUAUCGUGUCCGUUUCCGGCCCGAAGGGAACUCACAACGGCGGUUACCACCCGGCAAACCCUAGCCCAGUAUACUGUUAUGCUUUUUUUCUCCUUUUUUAAUUAUACACACGGUGACCUUUUUUUUACAGACAAACAGAGGGAAUAGUUUUUUUAAAAAACAACACAAAAUUAAUGAAAAAUAGAUAAUGCUUCAUCUUCCACUCUCCUCUCCCCAUUUCCCCAUUUUUCUUGCGAUAUUUAUGUGGGAGACUUCCGUGAUAAGCAUCCAUUUGCUUUUGGAGAAUCCUUUUAAAUAAAUACAAUACAAAUACAAUACAAUAAAUAAAUACAAAUAUUACACAGCAAUGAAUCAAACAAGUCUUUUUCCGCUGUUACUCUAUCUGUCUAGAUAAAUAAAUAAAUGGACGACGUGAAAAAAAUGAAAAGUACACUUCUAUGCUAUUACGGACGUCAUUGAGUUUGUUCUGGUACGCGUGCAUGCUCAGUACUAGUAUUGAGUGUGUGUAGCCACAGACACACACGAGCACACACGCACACGAGCACACACACACACACACACACACACACACACACACACACACACACACACACCGCUGUAUCCUGGACUUCUGCUUUUUUUUUUUACUUCAGUAAUGUUGCGGCUACGUGUGCUUAUAUCAGACCACCCAUCCCCACCUGCCAUAAUUUAUACUUUGCGAGCUUCUUUUUUUAUUUUUGUCAUGGCUCACAAACCCAGAGUGAUUCCUGCGGCGACGCCAUGCGCCAGUGUGGAAUACUUAGGAGUACGUAUAUUUUUGUUUGUGUGUCUGUGUGUGUAUUUGUGAGAAGAAUUUUUUUCCAAUGGAAAAAUGA